GAUUGUGACGUGAAUGACCAUGUGGAUUUAAGCUGACCAGUGAGUGAGUGAGUGAAGUGAAUGGCAUAUCAAAUGGCUCUUGAGCAUAACAUCCAUCCGGCCGUCUGUCGUGCUACUGCAGGAGCUGCCCCCGGACCCGCAGUGGCACAUGCGGUAUCUCGCGCGGACAUCGCCGGUGAACCACUUGAGGAAGGGAUACUUGGCCUCGUCGGGCUCGAUGUCGUCUCCAUCAUCGCUGACCUCAUCUGCGGCGGUCAGCAGCACAAGAGACGUCUACCAUCACAUGGACGCAUUCUUUAGGUCGUUGCUCACAUUGCCGUGUGUUGACGGUCAGGACGACAGUAUUGGGCUGCAGCAUCAGGAUGAGGUCGUAGUACACUCGGAAAUGGUCGGGCGAAAGGGAGGAACAUCCUCAUCCAGCGGAUAGCCAAGCUGAGUGACAGAUUGAUCAGACACACAGACACACACACAAAGGACGUCGAGAAAAGUGCUGUCCUCGCGGCGGCCGUCCCUUCAUUCAAUUUGGGUGCACCCAGCGCACCUCUGUCUUGACGUUCAUGACAAGCGUGUCGAGCGAGAGGCGCUCCUGCAUGGUACUCCACAAGGCGCCGCCCUUCUCAGGCACCACCAGGGGGCUAUCCUCAACCCUUGUCCUGAUCACCAACGCGCCCAGACACACACGCUUGGUGCCCCCCUCCCCUGUUUGCUGAGCCGCCGUGCCCUCAGACAGACACACAAACGCGUCAAAGGCCGCCCACCUGAAUGAAUGCACCACAUACACCCACACACAAAAAGUCUCACUCACUCACUCACUCACUCACCAGGGCACACGAAUGAGCCGGACGGUGUGUAGUGUAGGCGGCAUGGUCUUGAGCAGGCGCUGCAGGGAUUCCGACAGCACGUAGUGGUUGGUGGGGGGUGGAGGGCGCACCGGCGUGGGCACACCAGCAGCUGCGUAUGCCGCCUGGUCUUCUGCCUCCUGUUGAGUCAUGGGGAGCUGAGGAGGGAGGGGCUUCUCGUGGAUGCCAUCAGCCGUGAAUCGGUGCUUGUGGUUAGUGGUGUGGUCCUUGACAGACUGGUACUCGACCUUCUCCAGCGUCAGCACCUCGGCACUCGUCCAGCCGCCCGCCGUCCAGCCGGCAAUCUACAAGACAGAGCGACCAGCGAGAGAGAGACAGAGAGAGAGAGAGAGAGAUGCAUGAUGGAUCGACGCGUGAGUGAUCCACGUCCUCACUCACCGCAUCAUGGCCGACGUAGCCGCGAAGUAAGUCGACACACUUGAUGAUGAGGUACUUGGUCUUGUGGAAGACCACCGGCCGGCCACUCGAGUCGGCGAGCUCCCAUGAGUCGUCCCAGGGCCGCGAAUGUUCAUCGUAGCUCAUCACGACGGUCUCGGCCUCGCGGAUGCCGCGCUUGACGAUGUCGCGGAUGGACCCCUCAAGCUUGGCGGGGCAACUGUCAGCAGGCGCACAGCUUCCCUUGAGCGUGACCACCAGGCCUUUCGCCAUCGGCCAGUAGCCUGAAACAAGUGACGACAACACUUCAAAGGCCUCUCUCUCGUGUGUGUGUGUGUGCAUGCACUCAUACCGCGGCUCUCCAGUUCGACCAGCAGCUGCAUGAGAGUGGGUCCGACCUCCGCGCCGCUCUCGUCGCGGCGGCGGGCUGGAUCAAAGGAUGCCGGCAGGGUCGACUCGAAGGCCAGGUUGCGGUCGAAGAUGCCGAUGCGCUUGCUUGUGGCCGGAGGCUGGAUGCGCGGCAGGCCACGCACGAGCCUGUCCAUCUCCUGAUCGUGUGCGAUGAAGACCAUGCCGCCCACCGCCUCCAGGCUGUCUGCACGUGUGUCGAGUGCCGAGCCGCACACGUGUGUGGGCAGAGGGAACACGUCAAUGUGGCGGAUGAGCGGCGAAUGAGCCAGUAGGUGGGUCAGUGGCUGGUGAAGGUCCGAUGGCCGGUCCAGCAGCCGUGGCUCGUCCCCACUGCGCAGCCUGGCAGUGAGUGUGUUGAGUUUGGGUGUCUUCCAGCCCAAGUGCCAGAAUGUCUUGAGCACAGGCAGCAGCCCCACGUCGAUGUCGGUGAGAGCCGGAAACGUCCUCGGUGCGCCUUGCAGGCCCGCUGCCGCGGCGUCCCACCAGGGGAGCGUAUCGAAUACCGACUCGACCGACUUGAUGGCCUUGAUCUUGUCACCGUGGCGCUGCAUCGUAGUCACGAAGAACUGCAGCACAUCAUCCUCAAGGCUGGCCUCGUCCUCGGCCGCCACGAGAAUGAUCUUCUGCGGGCCCUGGGACCACAGAAGGACGCGUCGAUCCCGAGGGACGGCCGGGCCGAUGACGAGGGUGGACGAGCAGAUGGCCUCGAAGCAGCUCUCGUCCAGGACAGACAGGCGCAUGGUCUCCUCGUCUGUGAGAGUGCCGGAGAGGUUAAGCACCCAGAGCUCUGACGGAAGGCGGGCCAGGCCGUGCAUGCCGCGAGUUGGCGACGCCAUGACACCGAGAGAUUCGACUCCUUCC